ACGUUUUCUGUAAAUCUUUCAGUUGCUUUGAGAUUCUGAAGUUUGGCAAUGUCUUGGCUCGCUCGCGCUGCGCAGAUCUUCUUCUUCUUCGUGUUUUGCCUUGUACACCAGGGCAGGACUUUGCAGGCCAGUCUCCCUAAUGUCAUCAUAGGAGACCCGAAUUCGGGAAAAUAUGACAUCCUGGGCCCCCCCAUAUCCGAGAAGGAGCUGGAAGAGACCUUGAGCCUCAACAUUACUGCAGAGGACUUCGACUCCAAGGGGGACCUGAUCUCCACCUCGGGAUUCUACCAGGGGGACAUCAUGGUCGAGGAUGAGGAUCACCUCAUCCAGAUAGUCAACGGUCGUAGUAAUGGUCGUUUGCAAUCAUCAGUACGUAGUGCCAUCAGUAAUCCGCAAAGGGCUUGGCCGGGAGGAUCGAUUCCUUACGUCAUAUCCUCCUCUUUCUCAAGCCAGGAGAGGGCGCUGAUAGCCAGGGCAAUGGCCGAGUAUCACCAGAAGACCUGCAUCCGCUUUGUGCCGAGAUCGUCGCACCGCGAUUACAUCCACAUCUUACGAGGGCGAGGGUGCUCCAGUUCAGUUGGACGAAAUGGCGGCUUGCAGGUCGUAUCUCUGGGCGACGGCUGCAUUCAUUUCGGUAUCAUCAUCCACGAGUUCAUGCACACAGCCGGUUUCUGGCACGAGCACUCUCGUUCCGACAGAGACAAUUACGUCACUAUCCACUGGGCUAAUAUUCUCCCUGGUCUCCAACAUAAUUUUGAUAAGAACUCCGACGCCCAUACAACCAACUUAGGCCUACCUUACGACUACGAGUCCAUCAUGCACUACAGUCCGUACGCUUUCACCAGGACCUACGGAUCCCCAACCAUUGUUCUCAAGAGAUCAGGAGUCACCAUCGGACAGCGAAGUGGGUUUUCUCAGCUGGAUGUACAAAGCCUCAACUUGCUGUACACGUGUUCUGGUGUCAAACCAACCCCUGGUCCAGAACCAAAGCCAGAAGGAUGGACAGACUACAGCUUAUCUCGGUACUUAUCCGCGGUGGCCUAG